UUUAUAUAUUUCACUCUCUCUGUCUCUCUCUGGUCCCAAAGCCCCCCACCCUCUCUCAAACACAAAGCUGUCGCCGGAAAAGGUAAGAUUCCGACCACCCGCUAGAAAUGUCGACGAGUUGGAGCAACAACUGGUUACUCUCUCUCAAGAUCGUGCUGAUCUCCACCGGCGUCGUCUCCAUGGCCGUCGCACUGAAGCUCUCGGUUCCGGUGGCCGCGGACCUCGUCGCCUCGCAACUACCUUCCUUAUGGAGCUCUCUGCUCUCUUGGCUCACACCUCCUUACCUCUACAUCCUCAUCAACUGCAUCAUCAUCAGCAUCGUCGCCUCCUCCAAGCUCCAUAAUCCAAAAUCCGAAGAUACUCACGAUUCCGAAACUAUUCCGCCGCCGGCGGAGAUGGUAGCCGUCCCUCCGGUGACGACGGUCAAGAUCCCCGCCGCGGAAGUGAGGCCUGAGUACACAGCCUACAACGGCGUCGCUCUGAGCGAGUACGGUUACGAUUCCAAUGUGUUGCCGGAGGUUUCCGAUUCGUACGGAGAUGCAGCGGCGGUUGAGACCGUUGAGGAUUUGAACGCGGAGCCGGAGAAGGAGGAGAGCGAGGUUCUUAACGUCGGUGAUGACACCGCCGCCGCCGCCGCAUCCAGGCCUGCACGGAGUGGUUUGCAGAGGAAGGAUUCCAUGGAGUUUUGGUUGAAUGAGAACCAGAGGCCACCGGUUUCUGCUAGAUUCGCUCACAGAAAAGCUAGUCCUGAAGGAGGGAGGUCGUUGGGAGUGUCGAAGCCGAAGAGGCACGACACGCUGGAGAGCACGUGGAAGACGAUAACGGACGGCCGGUCGGUGCCGUUAACGAGGCACUUGAAGAAGUCCGACACGUGGGAGCGGCGAAUGGACCAGAAUACCCCUCCCGCUAACAACAAUACGAUGAACAAGUCGGAGACGUUCCACGAGCGGAGCAGGACGACUGCGACCGGGUCGCCGGUGAGACAGUCGCCCGGGUCGUCGGGGGCCCGGCUGAGGAAGGAACCGUCGCUGAGUCAGGACGAGUUGAACCGGCGGGUGGAGGCGUUCAUCAACAAGUUUAACGAGGAGAUGAGGCUGCAGAGGCAGGAGUCGUUGAACCAGUACCAGGAGAUGGUCGGCCGUGGGGCCCAGGCGGCGCCGUUAGCUCACUAGGUUUAGACUUUAGAGAGAGCUGUUUUGGUCGCUUUACUAUAUAUAUAUCUAUCGCCAAAAAGUUUGUUUAGGGUGUAGUGAACAAAAACGAUCAUGUUCAUAGUUUAUCGCGUUUGCUUUGUUUUGCCAAUGUCCAUUGUUUUUUCCUCUCGAGAGGGAUGAAGGCAAUUGUAGUUGUAGGAACUAUAAUAUGCUUGAGAGAGUACAAGUUUAUAAUCAAAGAGAGAAAUGUUACUCCCUAGAUAAUCUUUGUGUUACAAGAUUAACACCUUCUGUUUGUAAGAUACUCAAAAUCCAAUAACGAGUAAUUAAGGGCUUGUUUAUACUUCA